GAAAAUUUAAGCACAUUUAACUAUGGUUUUGUCAAAAGACAACUCGCUCAUAAAUAGAAAAGAAAUUUCUACCAGAUGUUUUCUGCUACCAUACUGCCUAGUUCUUUGUUUACUGGUCAGUAUAGUGUCAGCAGAGGCAGGAUCAACGCUGACAAAAGUGUUGAAUACUAAUUCACCUUCUCGAAGAGGUUCAAACGACUCUGAGACUUGUCUUACCGAAGGCUGCAAAAUGAUAGCGAAGGAAAUCUUACGAAAUAUGAAUACUAGAGUAUCACCUUGUCACAAUUUUUAUGAGUUUGCCUGUGGGAAUUACAAGUCUCACGUCAACUUGAAUACAGGGGACGGUUAUUAUAAUCAAUUUAUGGAGAUCGAAAAGACUGUCCAAGAUCGAUUACAAGACAUAAUUAAUGAACCAAUUUCUCGCAAGGACGCGGAAGCCGUAAAGAAAGCAAAGAAAGCCUUUAAAGUUUGCGUCGAUGAAAAGCGCAUUAACAAGACAGCAAUGGCGGAAAUGAAGUCCAUUCUGGCACAGAAGGGAGGCUGGCCGAUAGCAACGUCUUUGAGAAGAGAUUGGACUUCCGUUUCUUGGCGUGAGCUUGAUAAGUGGUAUAUUAAUUUUAUAGGUGAAUCCGCAUUUUUUCGAUUUAGUGUCGAACCUGACACCACCACCGAUCCUACGAGACACGUCUUCGUGUUAAUACCCAGUUUGUCUGCUCUACCGACAAACAUACUUCAGACGUCACCGCAUCAUCUAGAGAAAAUGGACAGGUAUCGCAAAUUUAUCGUCAGCGUCGCUUUGCGGUUUGUAGACAGAACAAGCAGUGCGAGUAAUAUGUGGGAGGAUGCGAAUUCUAUCGUAGCUUUAGAAACGGCUCUAGCAAAGAUUAAACACAUCGAACGACAAGCUGGUCGUGUGAUACCAAUGCAGCAAAAAAGGCUUACAAUGUCUGAAUUUAUUCAAAAUCAAAAGACACGACAACGAUCGGUGCAGAAUAAGAUAGAUUGGGAGAGUAUCCUUCAAAGCUUCUUCGCAAACAGUAAUCUUAUGUACGAUCCUACGUGGAAAAUGGUAGUACAUGACGUGCCCUAUUUUGAAAACUUGGAGGACGUAUUAUCGAAUGUACCGGCUGAAGUCAUAAUUAAUUACAUUCAUUGGCAGUUAGUCCGUCGUUUACUGAGAAGUAUAGACUGGGAUUUAGAAUUUCUGGAUACUCAAAUGCGGAGUGACCUGUUAAAAGAUAAAGCCGAUCUAGAUCGGCGGGAGGAUUGCUUGAACAACAAUCCAGCCCUAAUUGCAAUUGUUCAUCGAUAUCUGGAAAAACACGUUCCACUGAAAACCGUAAAAAUUAUUAAAGAAAUGGUCAAAGAUGUUAAAAAAGAAUUUGAGCACCAGAUCAGCGGAGCUCCUUGGCUGGAUAGAGAAGCGAAGGAUGCUUCGAUAUUGAAGCUCAAGCAUUUAAAUGAAUUUGUUGGGCCUUCUUCGUGGGUACGAAAUGCCACAUUAGUUAGUGAAAACUAUCAUAAGCUCGAAAUUGGAGACAGCCAUAUCAGAAACAUUUUCAAUAAGAGGAUGCAUGAUGUACGAAAUUUAUUAAAUCUGUUGCCGGAGCCAGUAAAUCGGCUAGCAGAUUCAAGCAUAUGGCCCUUCGGAGUCACAGAAGUAAAUGCAUACAAUUUUCUCCGUCUCAACGCUUUGAUCAUACCGGUAGGAGUGAUGCAGCCACCAUUAUUCUUUAGCGAUGUUCCCGAAAAUGUCCAAUUCGGGACUCUUGGUACUGUUAUAGGACACGAACUGACACAUAGUUUCGAUGAAGCAGGUCGUGAAUACGCACAUGAUGGGUCACAUAUGACAUGGUCCAGCAAAUCGGGUAAGGAAUUCGAAAAACGAGUACAAUGCUGGAUCGAUCAAUUUAACGGAUAUAGAUACAAAGAAUUGGAAGACAUCGGUCAACUCGUAUAUUGUAAUGGUGCAGCAACCGCAACGGAAAACAUGGCCGACUCUGUAGGAAUGCAAUUGACCUAUGCAGCUUAUAAAACUCGAGCAAAGAACUACCAGAAAUUACCUGGUCUGAACAGUUAUACCGACGAUCAGUUGUUCUUUUUAUCGUACGCUAAUAUGUGGUGCGAGUAUAGAGACGUGGACAUGUUGAUGUACUUGUUGCAAAUAUCGCAAGGUUACAGUAUCGGAGAGCACCGACUCAUUGGUACACUAUCGAAUAUAAAAGCCUUUGCUGACGCAUUUCAAUGCUCUAAGUACAGUCCUAUGUUCUCGAAAAGGAGGUGCAGCUUAUGGAAUUGAAUGCAUUAAAUUCAAUGAAUCAGACAUCGAAAAAUUCAUGCAAAGAUUUGUAUACAAGUGCAAUGUAACAUUCUGAUGAAAUUUAUUCAUAAAAUCCAAAGUAAAUAAAUUGCACUUUAAUAGAAAUUGCUAAUUCUCAUUACAUGUACAUCAAUCCGAAAUUGCCUUUUGCACUGGUUGAAUCGGAAGAGUCGUAUUUUUCAGCUUUAUUCAUUUAUUACCUAAUAUUAAUUUAGUAUUGUUUAUAUUUAUGUAAAUAAGUGAGGGACAUCAUACUGCAUGUGGCCUCAUAAAAGUAAUUAGGUAUCGGCACUAAAAUAAAAAGGUUUUCGUUCCUUU